GAUUAAGUCGAUCGAUGGUUGCGUACUUUGGUACAGAACAUGUUUGGCAGUUUUUCAUUGGUCUGAUGGAACAAUGCUGAUUAAAUAUUGAUCGAUAAGAACUAUAUAUCUAGAUCUUUCAGUAGAGACAUGAAGCAAUCGACAAGGUUUUCAUUGACUAUUCAACCAGAGUCCGAAGUUGUUCCUGAUUCACAGAUUUGUGGUACCUAGAAAAUAGCUACACAAGUCCUACUAAUGCUAAUAUGCCAAAGGAAGGGAAAGGAGCAGCUACCAUUCGUAGAAGAAAGCUUAAACACAGUCAGGAUGCACGAGAUCGAGUCAAAAGUUCACGACCAAUGUCACCAAUUCAGUCAGAUGAUGAACAGGAAAUAGACGAGGAUGAAGAAGGUUAUCUUUUCCAGGAAGAGGUCCUGGGGCCAUUAAUUGUCAAAAAACUGAUGGCAACUGAAAAAACCAUAUUCCUUGGAUUAAUAGCUCUAAGGGUCUGCAAUGCUUUAAUGAUACAGACAUAUUUUGUUCCUGAUGAGUAUUGGCAGUCAUUGGAGGUGGCCCACAAGAUUGUAUUUGAUUAUGGUUAUCUAACAUGGGAAUGGAGACAAGGGAUUCGCAGUUACUUCUACCCAACAAUCUUUGCCUUCCUCUACAAGACCCUGGCAGUCCUUGGAUUAGAUCACCGGCUCUUGUUGAUAAAAUUACCAAGGAUUGUUCAAGGAGUAAUAGCGGCAUCUGGUGAUCUGUACCUAUUUAAGUUGUCGUGGAAGCUGAGUGAUCGUGCUACUGCCCAGUGGACCUUGCUGUGUCAGAUUCUGUCGUGGUUCACACUUUACUGUUGUACUCGCACUCUAUCAAACUGUAUGGAGACUGUCCUCAUAACCAUGGCACUUUACUACUUCCCAUGGCCAAACAUCAAAGGAUCCUCCGUACCAAAGUUUGUGGCCCUGGCUGCCAUGUCCGUCCUAAUCCGUCCAACAGCUGUUGUCAUUUGGAUCCUGAUGUGUUCCUGGCACCUCCAAAAUAACAAGCAUACACUCCAGAAAGAUCUCAAACACUACUUCAUCAUUGGGUCUGUGUGUUUCUUGGUUUCAACAUUUCUGGACAGUGCUUACCAUGGAGACUGGAUCCUUGUCCACUACAACUUCCUACAGUUUAACGUGCUACAGGGGGGCGGGUCUAUCUAUGGGACUCAUCCCUGGCACUGGUACAUCACUCAGGGAUACCCAGUUAUCAUGGCAACACAUCUCCUUCCUUUCAUCCUGGGAGCAUACAAGGCCAAAAAUAAAGUGCUUUUGUUUCUCAUCAUCUGGACAAUAUUUGCAUACAGUUUUAUUUCACACAAGGAGUUUCGAUUCUUGAUGCCAGUUUUGCCAAUUUCAAUGCACUAUUGUGGUGUAUAUUUCCAAACAUUGUGUCGAAAACCACGAUUGAAGAAACGAAAGGUAAAGAAGCAAAAUGGUAUGAUAACAGAAGAAGAGUGUGCCAGUCGCUAUAGUAGCUCUGACAGCUUGGUGAGCACCACAAGUACAGGAAGCUCUGUCAGUACAGCUAGCACAGGGAAUUCAGUCAACACAACUAGUACAGGAAGCUCUGUCAGUACAGCUAGCACAGGGAAUUCAGUCAACACAACUAGUUCAGGAAUCUCUGUCAACACGGCAAACACAGGAAUAGGUAGCACCAGCCUGAGUACUAACUCAGUUGGAGGCAAAGAAGCAGUGCCGGACAGUACUGACAAAGAUACUCCUGACACAAAUCAGCCACUUGAUAGAGCCACCAGUACCACACCAGGGGACAGUGCUAGUAAAUCUCAGCAAGUUGACAUGUCAGUAAAAGAAGAGAUUGAUCCAGUAAUUGUACAAAAAACACAGCAUAGAUAUAAUCUAAUGAAGGCCAAAAUAUUUGUGGUGAUUCUGGCACUCAUCAACAUUCCUGCAGCAUUGUAUUUUGGGCUAAUUCACCAGAGAGGGACAGUUGUGGUCAUGAAAUAUUUACAUGACCAGAGUUUGGACAAGACUAUGGACAUCCUCUUUCUCACUCCCUGUCACUCAACACCCUACUACAGUUAUCUACACCAGAACAUUAGUAUGAGGAUGCUAACAUGUGAACCUAACUUGUAUCAGAAGAAGAAUUAUACUGAUGAGGCAGACCAAUUUUACAACGACCCGGUCCGGUGGCUGAAGCAGGAGUACAAGGUCAAGCUGACACCAUUGCCAAGUCAUAUUGUUUAUUUCAACAAAUUACAAACUAAUAUUUCAGAAUUUCUUACUCAGAGUGGAUACAGAGAAUGUGGUAAUUUCUUUCAUACACAUUUUACUGAAGGUCGAAUUGGUAGUCAUGUCAAAGUCAGCUGUAGAUAGCGAAAAAUAUCUACAAUGUAAGUCACUUCAAAGUUAUUUCAAAGCCAUGAAAAGGCAGCAGGAUAGUUACUGUGUAGGAUUCUAAUGAAUGGUACAGUUAGGGCACAGGAAUAUCACAGUCCAGACUUGGGAUUGAUUCUAAUGAAUGGUACAGUUAGGGCACAGGAAUAUCACAGUUCAGACUUGGGAUUGAUUCUGAGGAAUGGUACAGUUAGGGCAUAGGAAUAUCACAGUCCAGACUUGGGAUUGAUUCUGAGGAAUGGUACAGUUAGGGCAUAGGAAUAUCACAGUCCAGACUUGGGAUUGAUUCUGAGGAAUGGUACAGUUAGGGCAUAGGAAUAUCACAGUCCAGACUUGGGAUUGAUUCUAAUGAAUGGUACAGUUAGGGCAUAGGAAUAUCACAGUCCAGACUUGGGAUUGAUUCUGAGGAAUGGUACAGUUAGGGCAUAGGAAUAUCACAGUCCAGACUUGGGAUUGAUUCUGAGGAAUGGUACAGUUAGGGCACAGGAAUAUCACAGUCCAGACUUGGGAUUGAUUCUGAGUGUGGACACAUCAUCUGUCAAAAGUUUUCAUAAUCAUUUCAAGUUUAAAAGUAACUAUAUGAAUGUGUUGUGUGUUUUUUCAGUGUGGAUUAUAUAGGUAUAUUAUAGAAUAUUUAUAGAUUAUUAAAUUACUUUAUAUGAGAUCCCAGUGAUUGGGAGUGAACAUUAGUGAAGUGUAUCAUACUGUGGGAAGUAUAUUAUGCUGAUAUUUUGUAACAUUAGUUUUGAAAUUAUAAUUUACUACAACACACCAAAGUGACCAUUAGAUCAAAUGGGUAAAAAUCAUUAAAGAAAUAUAAAAUCCUUCGGAAACAAAGUUCAAACAAAUCAUUAUAAACAUAAAUCGGUAUUAAUUUCUCAACUCCUACAAUGUAUGUACUCGUAAGUAAGAGAUGUCAGUUUUGUAAACAUGCACUCAUUAAGUAAGAAAUGUCCAGUUUUGUAAACAUGGAGACGUCCAAUGGUGUAAAUAGAGGUUACACAACAAGUGGUUGUUGUAAAUAGUAUUUUUUUCACUUGAGUUAGUUAUUUUUCAAAAGUUAAAAAAACAAGAGCUUUGGUAAGUGUUUUUGUAGCUUUGGAAAAAUAAUUGACGAGAACAAAAGAAAUACCAUAUACAACAACCACCAGUUUGUGUGACCUUUUUCUACCACAACAGAAAAGCCGUUCUGAGGAUGAAUUGACCUGUUUUGUGUGAAUGUGUGUUCUUUUCACAAUAUCAGGUGUGGUGUAAGGUUAUGACCAAAAUUGAAAUGCCGCUUAUUAAUAUGCAAAACUAACAAUACUGGAAAUGUAUGGAAGUUUUACAAUUUAUUACAAAUCAUGACAAAUGAUAAGGUGCUUUUUCUUUUCAAAGCAAUUGAUUGAUAGAAAUCAGUAUAUAUUUUCAAGAAAACACCAAAAACAACUGCAAACUACUUAUGUGUUAUAAUUUCCGGGACAUUGUGAAGUGGCCUUUGAAUGUUAGCCAAUCAAAUCUCAUUUAACCAUGUGAUUAAAAAAUUGUCCAAGUCCAAGGUCACUGUGUAAACCAAUCAAACCGCAUUUAGACUUCAUUCCACUUGUGGUAUAAACUGAAUGUUAUUCAACAAUUGUAAUGACUAUUUCAUGCCUUGUGAGUUGUGGUAGAAAACAUGUGUUACCUUUAUUUACAUGAUAGAUAGGUUACCAGACAACAUAUGUUCAAGAUAGGAUUUUUGUCAUACUCAAAUAUCUAAUCAUGAUCAAAAGAAGUUAAGAAAUAUUUAAACAAUUCUAUAUAUCUAACAUUACCAAACCUGUCAUAAAGGCCUUCUUUAAUUAAACAAUUCUAUAUAUCUAACAUUACCAAACCUGUCAUAAAGGCCUUCUUUAAUUAAACAAUUCUAUAUAUCUAACAUUACCAAACCUGUCAUAAAGGCCUUCUUUAUUUAAACAAUUCUAUAUAUCUAACAUUACCAAACCUGUCAUAAAGGCCUUCUUUAAUUAAACAAUUCUAUAUAUCUAACAUUACCAAACCUGUCAUAAAGGCCUUCUUUAUUUAAACAAUUCUAUAUAUCUAACAUUACCAAACCUGUCAUAAAGGCCUUCUUUAAUUAAACAAUUCUAUAUAUCUAACAUUACCAAACCUGUCAUAAAGGCCUUCUUUAAUUAAACAAUUCUAUAUAUCUAACAUUACCAAACCUGUCAUAAAGGCCUUCUUUAAUUAAACAAUUCUAUAUAUCUAACAUUACCAAACCUGUCAUAAAGGCCUUCUUUAAUUAAACUUGUCAAAUAAGGACAUCUGUCUCUGUUCCCAAUGUAACACAAUACAGUGUCGUUGAACUUUAAGUAGAGGUCCUCCUGCUUUUGAAUGUCCCUUUUCUCUGGUCUCUCGAACGGCCUUAAUAGACACAUUUGACAGUCAAGUGAGGUAAGAAAUCGGUACUGUUGAACUGCCUACCUAAUGUUGGUUGAUAGUUCUGUGUAUUCAGUUCUCAUAUACAUUAAAACAAUUGUUCAGUAUGAAAUUUAUUUAUUGGGCUAUUGCAAUAACCUUAGAUUGAAUGUAAGCACCAUUAUUUACCUGUCACAUCAGUGUACCUGUAUUUAACUUCUUCUCCUAUUAAUUAGUAUUUAGAUAUUGUCAGCGUCUCGUAUGGCAUUCUCUAGUUUAUCAAUAUGUAUAUUAAGUUUUUCAUUUCAACCUUUUGUGGCAUAGUAUUUUGUCCCUUCUGUGGCAACAUUACCAUUUUUUUCUUACUUUAAAACCGCUUUUUUUCCCUGUUUUACUCAACUUUUUAUUGAUCAGCCAAUUCAAACUUGUGUACAUUCCUGGUUAUUGGCCUGUGUUAUUAUGUACUAGCUUAUCAACUUUUCGUUUUGUCAAUUUAGUUUUGCAGGCAGGUCAUAUUUCAGUUAGUCAAUUCAAUAUGUUUUGAAAGAUCAGUUAGCAGGUGAAUCAAUGGUUUUUGUCAUUUAACUUUUUAACUGCUGAAAAUGUUUGUUGAAACAUGUAAGAUUUUUUUUAACCUUUAUAUUUUCACAAAAAAAACUUACAGGUAAUAAAAAUAGAUGUUCUAGUGUAGUGUGUGCUGAAGAAUUUGUCAUAAAUCUUAAACCUGGUCAAAUUAAAAUGAUAUCACCAUUGUACAAAUUAGACAAAUGUCAAUUUGGUCAACUUGUACCUCUAUAUGCAACACAUUACUACUGUUGUGUAACAGUAUAUUUUUUACAAUAAUUUAGAAUGUAUUACCUUAUAUUAUCUGAUGAUCAAUGUAAAGUGGAGUAACCAGAUAGAGACAGUUAUCUUGCUGCUUCUACAUUGUCUGGCCUUUAAAUAAUUACUAUGGUGUUAUAUGUUUACAGUGUAACAUUGUCAGUAUAUGUUUAGUGUUACACUGUCAGUAUAUGUUUACAGUGUAACAUUGUCAGUAUAUGUUUACAGU